ACCAAUCAAGCCAACAAGCUGAAAAAUUUGGGGAUUGAUUCUGCCGAAAUACCAAACCAGGCCGCGCUUUCCCGGCUUUUAUUCGCUUGGCGUCGGGCUCCUUGCUCAUGAACCCGGUUUCAGAUGCAUCCGGCUACAAACCGCGUCCAGAAAAUACCCGUUGGUUCCCGUACUGCUCCCGCCAAUUGUUCCAUCCUUCCAAAGCUCCAAAUCGCAAUCCUCCCCAGAUUCAAAUCCGCCACCCACCAAACCCUCCACUCUCUUCUCCAACGAUGCCCCUCCAUGAAGCAACUCAGGCAGCUCCACUCCCAGCUCAUCACCAAUGGACUUCUCGGAGAAUACCUCACCCUCGGGAGGCUCAUCGCGUUCUGCUCCGUCUCCGACGCCGGAGACCUCGAUUACGGCCGCGAGGUCUUCGAACGGGUCCCCGAGCCUAACAGAUUCAUGUGGAAUAGUUUGAUCCGGGGCUAUUCCAACUGUGAUAGCCCAAAGGAGGCCCUUUUCCUCCACCGCCGGAUGUUGCGUUCUGGCCUCUUGCCGAACCACUUCACUCUUCCUUUCGUUCUCAAGUCGUGCGCCAAAGCGUCGGCUCAUGUGGAAGCCCUGACGGUUCAUGCUAUGAUCUUUAAGCUCGGAUUUGAAUCCCAGAUCUUUGUAAUGAAUGCCCUCCUUCAUGCCUACUCAUCCUGUGGCUCGAUGUCCUUAGCGCGUAAGGUGUUUGAUGAGAUUCCUUAUAGGAAUAUCGUUUCUUGGAAUUCGGUGAUUGGCGGGUAUUCUCAGUUGGGUGAUUGUGAGGAAGCAUUUGCUCUGUUCAGGGAAAUGAGAGAAUUGGGUUUGGAGCCUGAUGAAUUCACCCUGGUUAGCCUCCUCUCUGCUUGCUCACAAAUGGUGAAUCUCAAUUUGGGGAGGCUUGUACAUCAUUACAUAGUGGUUACAGGAGCUCAUAUCGAUAUGAUUUUGGGAAAUUCCUUGGUAGAUAUGUAUGGAAAGUGUGGAGAUUUAUGUGUGGCCCAGAGAUGCUUCGAUGGGAUGCCUGUGACGAAUGUAAUUACAUGGACAUCCAUUGUCUGUGCUCAUGCAAAACAUGGGCUGAUUGAUGACGCUGGAUGUUGGUUUAGUAGAAUGCCUGAGAGGAAUAUAGUAUCUUGGAAUGCCAUGAUCUCUUGUUUUUUUCAAAAUGGAUUAUAUCAUGAAGGCUUGGACCUGUACAACCAGAUGCAAGAUUUAGGUGUGUUGGCAGAUGAGACGACGUUGGUUUCUGUUCUUUCAGCCUGUAGCCAAAAUGGCAAUUUGGUCACUGGGAAGAAAAUCCAUGAUUACGUCUGUGGAAACAUUGCAAAUCCUAGUGUCACACUUUUUAAUUCUCUUGUUGACAUGUAUGCAAAAUGCGGUCAUAUAGACAUUGCCUUGGGUCUCUUUGGCAGGAUGCCAGAAAAGAAUGUGGUGUCUUGGAAUGUGAUUAUUGGGGCCUUGGCAAUGCAUGGGCAUGCAUUUGAUACAGUUGAACUCUUCAAAUGCAUGGUCAGCAAGGGCUUUUCGCCUGAUGGGAUCACUUUUACUGGUUUGUUAUGUGCAUGCAGUCAUAGAGGUCUACUGGAAGUUGGACAGCACUAUUUUGAAGCUAUGACUGAUGUUUAUAAGGUUCCACGUGAAAUUGAACAUUAUGCAUGCAUGGUUGAUCUCUUGGGGCGAGGAGGACAACUGGAGAAAGCAGUUCAUUUGAUAAAAUGUAUGCCAAUGAAACCGGAUGUUGUGAUAUGGGGUGCUUUGCUUGGAGCUUGCAAGAUUCAUGGCAACGUGAAGAUUGGAAAACAAGUGAUGAAACAACUUUUGGAGUUGGAGACAAACAAUGGAGGUCUAUAUGUUCUCAUCUCAAAUAUGUAUUAUGAUGUUCACCAGUGGGAAGAUAUGAAAAAUCUUAGGAAGCUUAUGAAAGAGAGAGGGAUAAAAAAGGACAAGGCAACAAGUUUGAUUGAAAUAGAUAAUAAUUCCUAUGAGUUUUUAGUAGAAGACAUGAGACAUGAAAGAUCAAGAGAUAUAUACUUUAUGCUUGAUCAAUUAACAGAUCAUCUGAUGUCCGUAGAAUGUCUCUCCAUGCCCUCUGGAGCAUUUUUUGAUGUGGAAGAAUGGGAAGAAUCUCUGUGUGUCUAUUGAGUCAUUCAUUAUUCUUUAUAAUAUUCUUUUAUACUCUAUGGUUCAGCUGAAAUCAAGCCAAAAGAUGUAUAAUAUUGUGUUAAAAAGGACAGGGCUCCUCCAUCACAGCUGAUGAACACUAGAUCUUCUUGUUGCUCAACCUAAGCAGCUGGAUCAAUCUUCAAAGCUAAGAAGAGGAAGAAAAGCCUACAACGAAGUUUCUCAGUAAGGAGAAUUGGGUCAGGAAGCAUCAAAGAAAAUGAUCAGUCUGUUUACCUUCUUUGACAUAAAUAAUCUAUGUUGAAAUAAUGAAGAAAAUAGUCUGAAAAAAAUCCAAUUCCUUUGAACAUUUCCACUGAGAAUUGUUUCAUGUUUUAAGAUGAAAUUAUCAUGAGUUCCACUAAUGCUUGGUUUUUUUCAGGAUUUUCAAAAUGAGAUGGAGCUAAGUCUUGUCUGGUCUGGGGUAGGGGUGGUUGAAACAAGGGUAUAUAAUGAUCAGAGCUACCGUUGAUUCAAAGUUGGUGAUACAUCUAAAAAAUAAUAUUAAUUGUAUAUCAUGAUUUUUUUUAAAAAAAAGAUUAUAAUGUGUUUGUUUUCUAAUUACAUU